AUGCAAUAGAUUAUUCGAUUAUCUAAUUAGAAAGGAUAAACAUAAAAGUAAUAAAGUCCAUAGUCUAAUUAAAUGUCACAGACUUAAAGUUAGAACAGUGAAUACUCUUAAAAGACAAAAAAUAAACAAAUGUCUUCUGCCCAUUUGAUUAGCAUUUCUUGCUCUAGUUAAAUAUUUAGGAAUUAUAGGGUUAAUAAUACUCUUUAUUUAAAUCAAACAAUCUAGAAUUAAAUUCAACAAAUGAGCAUUUCAAAUUAGUUCAACUUUGGACUGAAGGACAUCCUCGAUGAUAAAGAUUCAAUUAAAUAAAAUAAUAAAUAAUCAUGUGUAAAUCGAUUUUAAAUAAAAGAACCCAUAGAUAAAUUUUCUUAGUUUUUACAGAAAUCUCAUUAUAAUAAAGUCAUCCCUUAAAGUUACAGUGGAAAUAGCUUAAGUAAUGAAAAUAACAGUAAUUAUAAUAGAAAUAACAGCGGUGGAGGAGGCACUCAUAAUUAAAACAACUCCAGUAAUGGAGCCUCAUAAAAUCCAUCAGAAUAAUAUAGUGAUUAAGUGAGCGAAAAGGCAACUCGAUAUUCGAUAAUGAGUGGAUGCUCUGCGAGUGAAGAAACUGCUUCUAUAUAAUCUAUAGCUGAUGAUUAAACUCUAAAAUAUAUUUAAGAUCUAAAAAGAUCUUUAAAAAAUUGUAUAGUUAAGAAAAAACCUAAUGUAACAUUUAACGAUAUUGCAGGAAACGAAUAUGCUAAAAAAUAAAUAUAAUAAUCUUUCAAAUUACCACUCCUUUAUCCUAAUUUGUUUAGUCAAUAAGGCUAACCUAGUCCUUGGCGUAAAAUACUUCUUUAUGGUCCUCCUGGAGUGGGAAAAACAAUGCUUGCUCAGGCAAUUUGCAACGAAUUUUAUAGCUUAUUCACAAUUUUGCAGGUUUCUCUCGUUGACAUUACAUCUAAGUUUGUAGGAGAGAGUGAAAAGUUAUUGAGAAUGCUGAUGGAUUUGGCAAGAGAACACAGUCCUUCUAUUAUAAUUUUGGAUGAAAUGGACUCAAUAGGAAGAAAAAGAAAUGAUGACGAAAACGAAACAGAAAGGAGAAUAAAAACUGAAUUUUUAAAAUAAUUAGAUGAUAUAUAAAAUGAUAAAGAAAAGAAUGUCAAUAUAGUAGCCAUAACAAAUAUGCCUUGGGAGUUAGAUAUAGCAGUGCUCAGAAGAUUUGAAAAAAGAGUACUAGUUCCCAUGCCAAAUUAAAAAUUUAGAGAAGAAAUACUUACAUUGAUAUUAGGAGAUAAAGUAUUAACCAAAGAACAAAGAAAAGAAAUUGCUGAACUAACAUUAGGAUAUAGUGGAGCAGAUAUAUCCACUGUGAUAAAUGAUGCAUUCAUGAGACCACUGAAAGAUUUAAGAAAUGCUAAAUAUUUUAAAGUUAUUAAAAAAUUACCUGAUGGACUCACUGACAGUCUUGAAGAAGUUAGAUCAUAAGACGAAGAGCAAAGAUUUUACAUGCCUAUAUAAGAGGGAGGUGAAGAUACAAAAGACCCAGAAGCUUUCCAAGAAUAAAUAAAAUAAAAAAAUAUAAUAAAAGUGAAUAGCUUAAGUGAUAUUCCAGCCUAAUAAAUUAUCUUAAGAGAAGUUACAUAUAAAGAUUUCAAAGCAAGCGUCAAGAACUGCAAACCGACAGUACCAUCGAAUUGGCAAUAAUUGUAUAAAAAAUUUUUAUUAAAAUAUGGGCAUAGUGAGUAAUAGGAAGAUUUAGAAUCUUUCGAUACAUAAUUAUAUGACCAGUUGUCUAAUCUUUACGCUUAAACUCGCUUAUAUGCCGCUGCUGCAUGA